AUGAGCCUGACGGACGUCGCCAAGACCCUCCUUUCAGGGUUCAGGCGCGCCAUCGCGGAAAGAUAUAUCGAACCUGACCUUCACUGGACGAUUCAGUCCAAGGUGAAGAACCAAAGGUACUGCGAACUCUUGUUUGUACGGAGUGUCCACGGGUCGACGGUGGCCGACGUGUACAACACGUUCGGCCUCAACCAUUGUCCAGCCAACUUGUGGAAGGACAUCACGCCUGCCAACGCCAAAGACAACGACUCGAUUGCCGUCGUGCUCAACGGGCCGCGGUACUGGGCCAUGGACGAGUUCGAGACCAGCACGUCGGGCGUCGCCAAGGUAGUGAAGAACGUUGGCGGCAUCGACAUGGCGCUGGCUGGGCAUGUCCCAGUGGUCAUUCCGCUGCCGCCGUCGAGGUUUUAUGAGCCCAACCUCGUCACGCGGAAUGCUACGUUCCGGUGGAAGGCGGGCUCGAUCGCGUAUUUCUUGACGCGCCGGGUUCAAGUCGACCAUGCAGUCACCGAGGAUCACUUCAUCAUGCAGUCGUCCUCACAACAAGUGCUGCCUGACCUGGACGCGAGGGACCUGCGGACUCUUGUCCAUCCAUUGCUCCCCUUCGGUUGGACAUAUCGAACUCGCCGUUUGACAAAGAGCCUCAACGUCACGACGCCAGCCUUGGUUGGCGGUCGGGCCACGGUCGGCGUCGUCAUUCAAGACGAGUUCCAAAACUCGUACUCGUACGUGGGCGAUGUGGAUGCUUAUCUCGCCCGACCCAAGUCAUGCACGCGUGUGAGUGUUGACGGGGACGCCACCUACUGCAUCGUCGUGUCCAGUCAAAAAGUGUGCAGCGGCAGCGGGGAGUCGCCCGCCGGCGACGUGUGUCCGUUGAAAGGAGCACUGGCGGCGGGUGCUUGCCGAACGGGGAUGGUUAGUUUUCACCAGGGGAAUUGCAUCGCCCCAAGUGACGGAAAAUGCCAAAAGCUCCCGUCAGGGCCGUGGGGCUGCGUGUGGCCAUCCGCGAGACCUUAG